GGAACUUCUCUCUUCGCUCCUCUUCUCAGCGUCUCACCCACCCCACGAUCUUGGAACGCGAUCGCCGAUUGCCAUGGGGCAAGAUGAGCUCGAGCUUCCUGAUCUGCCGGAGGGGAAGGACAAGGAGCAGGGAGGCGGUGCUCCGGUGCAGAGCAGGGUGGCCGGUGCCGGGCACGGCUUGGCGCGAGGGGAAGCUUCAUCCGAGCAGGAGGGCGACUCGGGGGCGGGCGAUGCCGGUUCCUAUGCCGCUGCUGGAUUGGGGAACGACGAGGAGGAGGAUGCUAAGGAAGCUUUGACGGAGGAGUUGGAAAAUGUCGCUCCUCCGGCGGGUGAUUCUGGCCGUGGCGAUGCGCCGGAGAGUGGCCGGAACGAACACAUUUACUUCGAGCGUCAAGGGUUUCGACCGGCCAGGCCAGCAAUCGCGCACGCGACGCCGCCAUCGUCCUACCGCCGCCUGCCAUUCCGAAGCCGAAAGCAGUACUACCCGACACGCUUCAUCGUCGCGGGAGACACAGCGUCGAGCAUCGCCAACGCUCAUGAUCCUGGCACUGGCAGCCGCACGUCAGAAGCAGCAAGCGGUCCACAGCCCACCGCCAGCCUCGGCUCACCGUCGGGGACGUCGCGAUCCGCCGGUGACUCUGCAGCGACCAAUGCUGGGCAUGGCGGAAAGAGCGAAGCGAUGGUCCUGACGGCGGGACGCUCUGAGCGUCAAGGGUUUCGACCGGCCAGGCCAGCAAUCGCGCACGCGACGCCGCCAUCGUCCUACCGCCGCCUGCCAUUCCGAAGCCGAAAGCAGUACUACCCGACCCGCUUCAUCGCCGCGGGAGACACAGCGUCGAGCAUCGCCAACGCUCAUGAUCCUGGCACUGGCACCCGCACGUCAGAAGCAGCAAGCGGUCCACAGCCCACCGCCAGCCUCGGCUCACCGUCGGGGACGUCACGAUCCGCCGGUGACUCUGCAGCGACCAAUGCUGGGCAUGGCGGAAAGAGCGAAGCGAUGGUCCUAACGGCGGGACGCUCUGAGAUUGACGUUGCUGUUGACGAGUCAUGCUCGGACGAUCACAAUACCGAGUCGAAGGAUGUGGGAGCGGCGCGGGUUGUUGACAAGCAAGCAUUGCCGGAGGCCGAACAGAGCUCAAGUGCUCCUCGCGAUCGUGGUGCCCGGAUUCGUCGACCAAAUCCACGCGUCCUUGGACCAGACUGGGUUUAAUAUUUACUUUUGGGCUGUUGUGUACUGGGCUCGCGUGUGGGCUCUCUUAUGUCUGAUGUAUUAAGCGAGUUAUUUGAAUUUGUAACACUCUCGUCGCGCGGCUUCGCCACUUUAUAACUCCACAGCCGUGCUUCGCC